AUGAGAAAAGAAUCCACGAUCCUGCGGCCCUCCAACAAUGGGAACCGCUACGAGCUCACCAGCCCGACGGCCCUCCCCAAGGCCGGCGGUUUCCUGUGGAACCAGAAGAUGAUGAUCCAGAUCACCUGCCGCGGGUAUGCUACCGCCCAAUUCAUGCAGCCGGAACCAGCAAAGUACGCGUACGCCCCCAAUAUCGAAGCCAAGACGUUCAUGCAACCCGAGCCGAACUACUAUGCCCACCAUCCCGGCCGUUUCGUGUACAUCAAGGACCUCGAGACCGGCCAGCUCUUCUCGGCACCGCACGAGCCCGUUCGCGCCACACCGGAUCGUUUCGUCUUCUCCGUUGGCAAGAGCGAUGUCGCGUGGGCGGUCGAACAUAUGGGUAUCCGCGUUGAGAUGGUUAUGGGCUUGCCAACACACGAUGUGGCCGAGUUGUGGACCAUCAAGGUGACCAACAUUUCCGGCCGCCCACGCAGGAUCAGCGUGACACCCUACUUCCCCAUUGGCUACAUGUCGUGGAUGAACCAAUCAGCCGAGUGGAACGACGAUCUGGUCGGCGUGAUCGCCAGCUGCGUGACCCCGUACCAAAAAGCGACCGAGUACUUCAAGAACAAGUACAUCAAGGACAAGACAUACUUUUUGUGCGAGAUCCCCCCGGAUUCGUGGGACGCCAGCCAACAGGCGUUUGAGGGUGAGGGUGGGCUCCACAACCCGUCGGGCCUGCAGGAGCCGAAACUCAGCGGUAGCGAUGCACGCUACGAGACCCCCACAGCCGCCGUGCAGUACCGCCUCGCGCUUAAGGCCAACGAGGAACGCGAGUACCGCUUCAUGUUCGGACCCGCCUACGACGAGGCCGAAGUCAGCACAAUGCGCUCGCGCUACCUAAGCAAGCAGGCAUUCGUCCGGACGGCAGACGAGUACGCCGCCUACAUGGCCCGCGGCCGCGGGUGUCUGCGCAUCGAGACGCCCGACAAGGAACUCGAUAACUUUGUCAACAACUGGCUGCCUCGCCAGGUCUACUACCACGGUGACGUCAACCGUUUGACAACGGAUCCGCAAACGCGCAAUUACCUGCAGGACAACAUGGGCAUGAACUACAUCAAGCCCGAUGUGGCCCGCAAGGCCUUUAUCACGGCUCUCUCUCAACAAGAAGCCAAUGGCGCGAUGCCCGACGGAAUCCUCCUCGCUAAGGGCGCCGAGCUGAAGUAUAUCAACCAGAUUCCCCACACUGACCACUGCGUCUGGCUGCCCCUCACACUCGAAGUCUACCUUUCGGAAACGGGCGAUUAUGGACUGCUAAAGGAGCGCGUCCGCACUGAGAAUGGCGACAACUUCACAGUUUUCGAGCGCUUCAGCCGCGCGAUGAACUUCCUCCUCGACCUCCGCGACGAGCGCGGGCUAAGCUACAUUGCCCAGGGCGAUUGGUGCGAUCCGAUGAACAUGGUCGGUUACAAGGGCAAGGGUGUGUCUGGUUGGCUCACAGUGGCGACAGCGUACGCUUUGAAUCUCUGGGCUCGUGUGUGCGACCAUGAAGGCGCGACAGAUCUGGCCAAGCACUUCCGUGCUGGCGCCGAUGACUGCAACGCUGCUGCUAACAAGCACCUGUGGGACGGCGACUGGUUCGCGCGUGGCAUCACGGAUGACAACGUAACAUUCGGCAUCAAGAAGGACACCGAGGGGCGGAUGUGGCUCAACCCUCAGUCGUUCGCCAUUCUCGGCGGCGCCGCCAGUGAGGAGCAAAUCGCCCGGAUUCUCCCAGAGAUCGAUUCGCAGCUCAACACCCCGUAUGGGCCGGUCAUGUUCGCACCGCCAUUUACCAAGAUGCGCGAGGACGUUGGCCGCGUAACGCAAAAGGCCAUCGGGUCGGCCGAGAACGGCGCCGUGUACAACCACGCUGGCGUCUUCUACAUCCACAGCCUGUACCAGUUGGGCGGCCAGCAAGACCGCGCCUUCGGCCAUCUCCGCCAGCUUUUGCCCGGUCCCAGCGAGUCCGACUACCGCCAGCGUGGCCAGCUGCCCAUCUUCCUCCCAAAUUACUACCGUGGUGGAUGGAAGGAGUUCCCCCGGACGGCGGGCCGCUCAAGUCAGCUGUUCAACACGGGCACGAUUUCGUGGGUGUACCGGGUUGUGAGCGAGGGCCUGUGCGGGCUUGUCGGUGAUGCCCAGGGGUUGAUUGUCCGGCCACAAUUGCCGAGCGGCUGGAACGCGAUCAAGGUGGUGCGCGAAUUCCGCGGUGCCACGUUCCAACUGGAUAUCCGCCGGGCGGCUGUCCAGGAAGUUGUGGUCAAGAUUGGCGACAAGGUCCAGCCCCAGCAGAGGAUCACAAACUUCAAGGCCGGCGAGGCCUAUCAGGUGGUUGUCUUGGUGCCGCAGUAA